AUGUCUGCAGACUCUGUAGACCAGGUUUUCGAGAAAGCUAUAUCCACGAUCCAUACCCUUUCGUCGCUAAAGGGAUACAAUUCUCUUCCAAGACCACCUGCCAAUAUUCGCAUCGAACUAUAUGCUCUGUUCAAGCAAUCCACGGAAGGAGACGUUGACAACAUACUCUUGCAACCAGAAGGUGAUCUCAGCUCGCCAGAAUACGUAGUGGCUCUCAAAAAAUGGGAAGCUUGGAAAACCAAGACUGGUAUGAGCCACACAGAAGCUAAAAAGUUAUACAUCCAGAUGCUCAUUUCAACUAUGAGAUCAUACGCCAUGGGAACACUGGCAGCACGAGAACUACUUGCAGAUCUGGAGUUUCUCUGGUCGCAGGUGGCAGAUCAAAAUGGCAUGGAAUCGGACGAAAACAAUAGCAUGAUUCUGGAGCUUCAGAAUGACCUACAAGAUACCAAGUCACUACGCUUGCGCCGGGAAAUCUACGAGACCCUUUUUGCCCUCAACGAAAGCAAAUCUGGACUUUCGCGUUUCCGUAGUCUGGGCGAAUACAAAAAACCACACGACAUAGUCCCCGAGUCAAGACUUUCUAAGCUGCGAAGAAUAGUGCGUUAUAUUGCUAGCUUUUUAUUACGCCAACUUUGGACUUUGACCAAAAAACUCUUGUUUCACGGCUUAUUAACCAUUGCUGUGCUACUAGCUGCCAAACAGCCGGGUUUGCUCUCCCCUAUGCACCUUGACUUGACAUCAACUGCCGUUCGAAAGCGGGAGCCUCGCAAGGGUCUCUGUGCGACAUCGUUAGCACUGUGUCGCGAUGGAGUUGGUUUUGUUUUCAGUUACCUCAAUCGUCGUAUGGGUCUGGGAUUUCAUCAGAUUUACCUAUAUGUGACAUAA